ACUGAGUUGAUCCUGGUUGAUUCCCCAGCUUGGCAGCGCAGGUUCCUGGACCUAGGUAUGGCGUAGCCGAGAUCUGAGUUCUUGUGUCCAGCUCUCCUGGGGCCACCCAGCAGGCAUUGAGCAAUUCAAGACUACAUAAGUUGCUGCAGGUUCCUGCAAUUCCUUGCAUUUCCCCUUCACAUUUUCAGUUCUUGAUUGUAUGCUAGCUUCUUGCAAGUAGCUUUCUGCAAGCAGGGUUUGGAGCAUUCUAGGACGUUGAUAUCUCAUCAGCACUCCCGAGCUGAGGGUCCCAAAUCAGAGGCCGUCCUUGUCCUUGAGGAGUCUCCGCAAGUUCUUUGGUCAAGCACAGCAAAAGACAAUGGCAGCUCCCAAUGACCAUGCUGUGGAGACCGCUUGCUUUGCUGCAGGCUGCUUUUGGGGGGUAGAAACCACACUGGCGUGUGUACCCGGAGUGAUCACCACAGCAGUGGGGUACACUGGAGGCCAUGUGGAGAAUCCCACCUACAAGCAGGUGUGCUACAAGGACACCGGGCACGCGGAAGCUGUGCUGCUGACAUUUGACCCUUCCAAGGUCUCGUUCAAGCAGCUUCUGGAGGUCUUUUUUGAGAAUCAUAAUCCGACAACUCUCAACAGACAGGGGCCCGACUACGGCAGCCAAUACCGGUCUGCUGUCUUUUAUUACUCGGAGGAGCAGAAAGAGGCCACGCUGGCCGCUAAAAAGAAGUACGAAGCCCUCCUCAACAAACCGGUAGUCACUCAGAUUGUGCCAGCUGUCACCUUUUACAACGCAGAGGACUACCACCAAAAGUAUGCGCUCAGGCUACGAGAUCACAAGCCUCUUCUUACCAGCUUGAAAAUGUCGGACAAGGAGAUCCUCACGUCUCCAAUAGCGGCCAAGCUGAACGGGUACGUCACAGGCCAGGCUCCCCCGGAGGUCCUACAAGAAGUGGAGGCCCUGCCCUUACGCGACGAAACCAGGAGACUGCUCCCACAAAUACACUUCGCUGGCCCAGCCUGUCACUACAAAGCCUUCAACCACUGAAGUUCGAACACGAAGAUAUGGGGGGAAGGGGGGAUGAGGGAUUGGGCGAGAUUCCGCUGUAUGCGGCUUUGUAAAGAGGUUCGAUCCGAAAGACGAGUCAGUGUCUGGUUUUGUUGUUGUACAGUAUGUGUCGUUGAUAGAUCGAGUUGAAUGCCUUAUUGGUGCGCGGGAUCAAAGAAGGACCGUGUGCCAGACCACAUGUACAAGUUCUCUAACUUUCCCAGCAACAUGCAGGUAAUAUGAAUCAGCAUAAGAAUUAGGGUAGCACGCAUCCACGGCGUCCGGGACAAGUGGCCGGACAUUGUCCGUAUGGAGGUCAACGUGGAAAUCAUACUUUUAUAUAAGAAUGUUAUGAAGCAAGC